AUGGGAUUCCUAUCCCGCUUCAUCGCCUUGUUUGGCCUGGUUCUCCUCGCUCACGCCAACACCAACCCAACGACCAGCGCCCUCCCCCAGGACAUCAUAAUCGAAGCCCUCGCAUCCCUCGUCCUCGUCUCGGCAGGUCUCGUCCUCGGCGCUGAAAAACUCAAACCGAUUAGUUGGAGUGAAUGGGCGGGCCAGAUUGAACGAGAAGGCGGCGCGAGGAAUCCCUAUCGCAGGUUGGAGGAUCGGUUUGCGUUUUGGGAUGUUAGGGCUAAGAGGAAGGAAUUCGCGGAUUGGAUUCGUGGGGAGGUUCCGGUUCCGGGGACGGAGAGUGAGACUGUGUCUGUGAGUGCGAGUAAGAAGUAAUGGUGGGGUUUUGGGAUGGGGAUGGGCUGGAGGGUAGGAUGGGGUGUGUAUGAUAUGUUAUAUGUUGAUAUGGAUUGAAUGGAAUGGAACGGAUUGAGAGAUGCUUGGGGUUGUGCUUGCUCUUGGUGUUUGGUCUCUGGGGGUUGGUGAGGUCGUACGAGGGAAAUGUAUGUAUGGGUUGGUUUGUAAGGUAUCCCGUAUAUCUUGGGCUAAUUGGGGUUUGUGAGUGGUGGAGAGUUGUAGGGCGUUAUUUGGGUAAGGUCGAGACUUGCUGGAUAUAGUAUCGUAACACUACAUGAGUGUACGGGACUAGAUGAG